CGGCUUCGCUCGGGAGCGCGGAUGGUGAGAGGGGCUGCCCGGCAGCGCCUGCCCCGCACCGGCCCGGCCUCCAGAAGCACAGGCCUGGCGGAGAAGCCCCCCCGCAGACGGCGAAGCAGUGAGGGUGAGCCUCUAACUAGCUGUCGCAACAGUCACUGUUGCCGAGAUGAGCCUCUCUGGCCUAAUGCAGGUCUUGGAUGAAUCUUUUUGCAGCGGACGAGGAGAAGGAGAGUUUCCUUAGGCCGUUGUGGCUACGUUGCCCGGACUGAGUUUGCCCUGAAAGAAGCCAUGUCGACAGGUGGCAUGGAGGAUGACAUCCCCCAAGGAGAGAGGAAAACCGUCACGGACUUCUGUUACCUGCUCGAUAAAUCCAAGCAGCUGUUCAACGGCUUAAGAGACUUGCCCCAGUACGGGCAGAAGCAGUGGCAGUCGUACUUCGGGCGCACCUUCGACGUGUACACCAAGCUCUGGAAGUUCCAGCAGCAGCACCGGCAAGUCCUGGACAAUCGGUACGGCCUCAAGCGCUGGCAGAUUGGCGAGAUUGCCUCCAAGAUCGGCCAGCUCUACUACCACUACUACCUGCGCACGUCCGAAACCAGCUACCUGAAUGAAGCCUUCUCCUUCUACUCCGCGAUCCGGCAGCGGUCAUACUACUCCCAAGUCAACAAAGAAGACAGGUCAGGCCAUGCCUCCGUCUUGCCUGAACUGGUGGUGAAGAAGCUGCGUUAUUAUGCCCGGUUCAUCGUGGUCUGCCUCUUGCUCAACAAAAUGGAUGUCGUCAAGGACCUUGUGAAGGAGUUGUCGGAUGAGAUUGAGGAUUAUACCCACCGCUUCAACACGGAGGACCAGGUAGAGUGGAACCUGGUUCUCCAAGAGGUGGCGGCGUUUGUCGAGGCAGACCCUGUGAUGGUCUUGAAUGACGACAACACCCUCGUGAUCCUCUCCAACCGCCUCUCCGAAACAGGAGCCCCUCUUCUGGAGCAGGGGAUGAUCGUGGGGCAGUUGACGCUGGCGGAUGCGCUCAUCAUUGGGAACUGCAACAAUCAGGUGAAGUUCAGUGAGCUGACAGUCGACAUGUUCCGGAUGCUGCAGGCGCUGGAGCGGGAGCCGAUGAACCUGGCUUCGCAGAUGAACAAGCCUGGCUUGCAGGAGAGCACCGAAAAGCCCACGCGACGGGAAAACCCGCACAAGUACUUGCUGUACAAGCCGACCUUCAGCCAGCUGUACACCUUCCUGGCUGCGUCGUUCAAGGAGCUCCCUGCAAACAGCGUCCUGCUGAUCUACCUGUCGGCCACCGGCGUGUUCCCCUCAGGUCGUUCGGAUAGUGAAGGUCCCUACGAUUUUGGGGGUGUCCUGACCAACAGCAACCGGGACGUUAUCAACGGGGACGGCAUCCACAAGCGGAACCAGUCGUACAAGGAGAUGCACUGUUUGCAUCCGGGGGAUCUCUACCCUUUCACAAGGAAGCCCCUCUUCAUCAUCGUGGAUUCUUCAAACAGCGUCGCCUACAAGAACUUCACAAACUUAUUUGGACAGCCACUGGUGUGCCUACUUUCACCAACAGCCUAUCCAAAAGCGUUGCAAGAUCAGUCCCAACGAGGUAGCCUCUUCACCUUCUUUCUGAACAACCCUUUAAUGGCAUUCCUAUUUGUCUCUGGAUUAUCAAGCAUGCGCAAAGGAUUGUGGGACAAGUGUCACGAUUACCUUCGGAAAAUCAACCGGGACAUUGCGCAGUUGCUGACCCAUUCUCGUUCCAUAGAUCAGGCCUUCCUCCAGUUUUUUGGAGACGAGUUCCUUCGCUUACUUCUGACAAGAUUCAUCUUCUGCUCAGCCACCAUGAGGAUGCACAAAAUAUUCCGGCAGGAAACUAGAAAUUAUCCCGAAUCCUAUCCCCAGCUGCCAAGGGAUGAAACGGUGGAGAAUCCGCACCUCCAAAAGCACAUUUUGGAGUUGGCUUCCAUGCUGGAUGUCCGAAACGUGUUCCUGGAAACCACUCUUGAUGAUUACUGAAACGGAAACCCGCAUUCUGGCUUUGUUACUGCGGAGGGGUUUCCCCAGCCACAGAUUUUUGAAAUGGUGCAGUUUUUUUAAUGUGAAGAUCCACAAAAGGAAUUUACUUGAUUUUUAUUUUUGAACUUAUGAUUAUUUUUUUAAAAAAUUAAAUGGCUGUGGGCACGGCUGAUCCAUCCUCUCUGGGGGUCAAUUUUGUAAAUGGAAAUUGUAAAUCCUUUCCGCCUCUUUUAAAAUUUUAGACUAAAGGAAUCCCUUGGGUUUUAAAUUUUGGUUGGGUGGUUCAAGCCAGCCACGUAUCGCAAAUGAUUCCAAGUCCUUCAAAUGCGAUUGGUCACAUUUAGCCCGUGUGUGUGGAAAUUCUUUAUUUUUGUACAAUUUUUAAAAAUUUGGAGGCAAAGAAAAAAAGAAAAAAAAUUGAAGAAGACAGUCUUCUUUCCCCAAAGAUUCUGGAUUUGAAAUGCAAGUGGUGGGACCACAGCAUGCAAAACAGCAAAAGCAAUAAUAAUUUUAAAAAAGGCUUUCAAGACAGUACUCUACGAGGGGAGCAUCAUAUUUGAAGGGAUGUCAGAGUGAUCCCAGAAAAUGUUAUGCUUCUCAUAAAUUCCUUAUUUCAGAUUUAAAGCUGAGUUGCAUGUUGGCUAAGGACACCGGACUCUCCCCCAUUUGAGCCUGAAAGGUCGGGCUCAUGGCAUUAUCCCCACAUCAAGAAAUCAGGCCCAGCUCUUCCUCAGACCACCCUCUGUGCCUCUUGCAGAGUCGUGUGCCUCCUGGCCCAGGAGGAUGCUGAGAUCCAGUCAGUUUUUGGCUUCUGAACGUCUCAACGGAGAGCUGCUUUUCUGCACCGUUCAAACCGAGUACCGUGUCCCCGCUUCGGGCAGAGCGACGCCUAAGAAUGGAAUGGAUCCUCCUUUACCCUGCACACAGCGAGGAGCUGUUUUGAACCUCCACUGCCACAUGGACACUGACAGAACAGAUGGCCUGGAGCUCCUCUUAGUCUGGGAGAGCUCACUUUUCCCUUGUUCCCCGCUUGAAGACCUGCGUUCUAGCCAUAGCGUGGUGCAAAAGAUCACCGGCUUGGCUCAGUGGCUGAGCUUUUUGAAAGAGAACCUUUUCACAAUUGUGGGGAAAGUCGCGUUGCUUCCCUGUGGGGGCACACAAUCGUGGAGUCUCGUGGUGUCUCUUCAGGUGACCCCAGGGUGGCACAACUCUGCUGGACUAUGGCUCCCGUAAUCCCUCACUAUUGGCCACCGUGGCUGGGGAUGAUGGGAGUUGAAGUCCAAAAACAGCUGGAAGGCCACAGUUGAGCAGUGCUGGGCUACAGGAAUUGCAUGCCUAUUGUAGGGAGUUGGUUUAUUUUUUGCUGGGGGAUCAGCCAAAGUGAGUGGGUAGCAGCAGACUGCUCUUCCUUCAGUGCCGUUGGCCUUUGUUUUGGCAUAUGUUAGAAACAGGAGUAGGGAUGUGCGCGAAUAGGUUUGUGCAUUCCUGGGAGGCAGGUGGGUUACUUUUUUAAGGAGCAGGGAGGGUGCCCACCACCACCCCCACUUCCGCCCCCACUGGCACUGUCUCCAGAAAUGCUGGCAUGGGGAUGCUGCAUACCUCCUUGCAGCCCUGGUCAGUGUCGUGCCGGAAGUGGCUGGUGCACGUGUACACGUCUCGCACGCACACGGGCCACUUCCAGUACGACGCUGACCGGGGCUGCAAGGAGGUAUGCAGCAACCUGUGCCUGUGGGGGGAUGGCGGGGAUGGGCACCCUCCCUGCUCCGUCAAGGUAACCCCCCCCUCACCUCCGAUCCGAAUGCCGGACCUCCGAACCGAUUCGGCAGUCUGUAAAAGAACCGCUGAGCCGGUUCGUGCACAUCCCUACAGGGGAGAAAGGAGAGGGCGUAGAGAUGCCGCGGAGGAAGGAAAGGGCACUCCUUUGGCUCCCUGCUUUUUCAGAUGGGCUGUGGCUCGUCCAGCUGCCAGUGAUGGGAGCCUUAGUCCAGUAACAGCGGGAGGGCCAAGGUUGGGUAGCCCUGCUGUAGACUUUCAUGAUCUUGUCCAGACGGCCUUGGAUCCGCUGCUGUGUGACUCCUGUUGGGGAGUUCAUUGCAUCGUGUCGGAAGUGGAGUCCUGCUAUCCGCAGGCUUAACCGAGAGAGUGUGCACGCCAUUUGAGCGCGCUCUUAAUCCUCGUGAGGCUGCUCUGUGGCCUGCAGUAUUUUGAGAAUUUUUUUGGCUAGAAAAUAUGUUGCCUUUUCAACUGGGUUGAAUGAAGGCCGAGGCAGGAGCAACCAAACAAGACCUUAUUUUCUUUUUCCUCCCCGUCUUGGGAUGUUCUACCAAAGUCAAUAGUGCUGGGUUGCUGCCUGUUCCAGCCGGCUGUCAUGCCAAAUGGUGUAGACGGCCGAACCACUGCCCAGGGGAAGGGCCCAAUGGCUAGCUAGUCGGGAGCAGCGUUGCUGGGGAAGGCAGCACUUGAGAGCCGGGAGCAAAGAGGUGCCUUUGGUCGGGCAUAAAGUGCAAUGAGUACUAAGCCGUGGGCACAGAGGUUGCCAAAAAUUUCCUUCCCCUAGUAAGCCUGGCUUGAAAGCGCCUUCACUUUUCGCCGGGCAGUUGAAUCGCAGAGUCGCUUCCAUUGGGUUAGGUUUGGUAGCUCAACUGGUACAUUUUCUUCUGUGGUGCUUUGAUCUUUUGGUCCCCUUUACUUUUCCUCUCUCCUCUCCCCCCCCCCCCCCGUUUUAAAUGACAGCCAAGGCGAAAGGUGUGCGUUCUGUGUACAAUAUGCACUCUGCCUGCUGGGGGUAGGGGAGGGAAAGGGGGAGCAGCCUGUAAAUGUGUGUAUAUAUGUAGAUAUUUAUAUAUAGGAUAAUCGGAGGACUCUACAAAUAUGAAGAGAUGUACACAGGUGCUGAGCAGAGGGCCCUCUAGGCAGGGCAGCAUCCCUUUGGAUGCUGCCAUUCACGCUGCCCUCACACGAGUCCUUAAUUCAGAGGUGGCGUGUUUGCGGUGUGAAGAUUUAUCGGGCGUUGCCGUAUCGUAACUAUAGACUCAUAUGGCUUUCCAGCUUGAGACGCAUCUUUCAUGCACGCCGAACGAAUCCUGGCCUCUUGAUGCUCGCCAAGCCGAUUCGAGGCCUGUGAUGUGGAAACCCUUUUGUCUCUUUGUAACAUUUGGGUAUCGGUGCAGCUUCUCCCCUCUCCCCCGCAACCCUGAUGUGUUUCAGAGCAGGCUUGAAGUGGCACACCGUUCCUGGGGGAAAGCUGCCCGAGAAUGCAAAAUGGCCACACUCCAUUCUCCAAGCAGAGGUUGCCAUCUGUCUAAAGGAUUCUUUUUUCUUGGUUUCCCAAGUGAAAUAGGGAAGGUUCCAGAGUCAGCUCUGACCACUGUGCACUAUUUUUGCCGCCUCAUGUUGGAACUGCAUGCGUGCAUGCGUGUGGAAGAAGGGGAGGCUUCUUGUUAACAUGUCCAUUUUGUUUUAUAUUCGUUAAACUCUUCGCCUUGACGAUCAGUCCGGCUUGGAAGAGAACCGAGUACACAGAUCAACACAACAGAUAUGCAAACUGCAAAUCGUUGCAGACUUACAUAAAAAGCAAAUAAAACCCAAUAUUGUUAGGUUUUCUUAAAAAACAUUGUUCCAUGUGAAUAUUUGCCUAACGUUGUCUUGAUCUCUCUGCUGCUGAUGCAAAUGAGGCUGCAUUUAUUUUAAAAACUGGACGUCUGCUCGCGAAUACUUACCUUCCUGCUGGCUUCCCCAAGCGUCACAGUGAAGUGAGGGUGGAUGGAAAUGUUUCUUUUGAGCCUCAUUUAUGAGCGAGACAAUCAGAUAGUGAGGGAUAGCCUUCACUAUACCAGCUUCACAGAUGCAAUGCCUUGGGUUAUAGGGAACAUUUCUAACAGCCAUGGCAAAGGGGCUUUGUUGAAAUCCAAGGUGAAUAAUUUUUCUCCUUUUCAACAGUCCAUUCCGCCCAAGGAGCUAAGUUUUGCACCCGUGUUCAAAUUGUAUCAUGCAUUACCUUGGGAUGGAUCUCUAUCUCGUAGCAGGGACAACUCUAGCUAGAUAAAAACAUCCCUUAAGCUAUUUUUUAAAUUGUGCUUUGGGAGCUGCUGGAUUACAAAUCAUUUUUUUAAAAGCUGGAGAGAAAACCAAGACUCUUUUCAAAUGAACUGUUUUCUUGUAUCCAGGUAUCCCCCUUUUGGUAUUCUCUUCUCCUUUGUUCAGAUAUGUAUUUGGUUUAAGCUGAUUGCAGAAUCCUUCCUUGUGGAUGUUGCUGAGGCAAGGUUGGUGAAAUGGCUGACGGCCUUUUCUUUCAGACUUCUGCCCGUAGCUCUGGUCCCUUUCUGGUCUCUGCUGGCUUGUGAUGCCAGCUGCAGCCGACUGAAAAUCCAGAAAGAAAGCAAAAGACCACCAAAGGAUUCCCAUCUUUGGGGUUGCAGGAUAUUUUCAGAUUGCAGCAACAGCUAGCUCUAAUCAAAUGUCAACUACCAUUAAUCCAGGCUGUUGAAACGAAGUUUGGUGUAACGAGGCUAGCGUAGACAUUCCUUUCCCGUCUCCUCUUGUAUCUUGACACUCCGGACCUUGCAUUGCAGACCUCGACAUCUCCCAGAUUCUCAUGGAGAAUCCUCUCGGAUUGAAUGCUUUGAAAGUGACUGACUUCCCUUCGCCUUUCUGCCCCGCGAAGCUGACUGCCAUGGUAUGCGAUCUUGAGACCCCUUGUCAUAUCCUUGGCUGGACGUUUUUUGCCAAGAAGCCACUGGAAUGGCUUUUGGUUUAAGUGAGUCUUUUGUACUUGCAAGGGUGAUUGCACGAACCCUCGAGUUCCAGAAAUCCAGUUUGCUCUGGAUUCUGAUUUGGACUUGCCAAGAUCCUAACUGCAAGCACACUUACUUUGAAGUCAGUUACAAUGCAACAAUUAGACAUAUAUUACAUAUAUGUGAGGAAAUAUGAGAUAUACAUGAAGUUGGAGGGUGAGGAGCUCUCUGCAUCUCGGGCGGGCUCUUUUUUGGCACUUUGCUAAGAGCCAGGGCACGGAUUCAGCUUCCUCAGAUAUCGGAAAGUCUGUCUAUGCCUUAGCCAUAAAGCACAAAACCCAACUUCCUCCCAUUGCCCUGUUGGGGUGGCCAAAUGAAGAUAUGGAAGGAUAAAGAGAGUAAUUUAUUUAUUAUUAGAGCAUUCUGUCAGAACUGAGCACCUUUUCCCUUUCUCUGGGAACUUCAGGACUCUCAACAGAUUGAUUUAGAUUUUAGGAGGAGGCAGUCUUUCUAGGGAAUGCAUUGGCAGCAUUUUUUUAAAAAUAAAAAUGACAGGAGCUGCUUACUAUUUCGGCAUUGCUUUUCUUGGAGAGCUGGGACUGACGGGGCUGGGUGCAAGAUUGCUGAACAUACGAGGAUGCAAUUAAAGCAGCCACAUGUUACAUAUUAGAUUGUAGCUCGGUCUUUAUUGGGGGCUUUGAAUUGCCACGAGGGCCUGGUGAUUAUUGAUUCUAUUGUGGAUCUUGAAGCCUGUGCUUUAGUGCCAUUUUGCAUGUUGAUGCAUAUAUUUUGUUUGCUAAUGUGGGCUUUGGUAACCCUCUAGCUCUGCAGAUGCUUGGUUUGGCUGUCUAAAAACUGUAGUGUAUUCUCAGCUAUGGUGUUUCUCUAGUGCUUCAUAUGGGCAUGUUGUGGAUGAACGCAGCGGAAAUGGACACUAAUCCAGUCGCUCCAAAUAACGUGGAGCCCUUCGCACAAUUUAACCAAGUUGUUCACAUCAGCAAGUGUUUUGAAAAAUCUGACGCCCACAGCUUUUAAGUCAGGAAGGGCUACAAAUGCACAGAAAUCAAGUUUUCAGACUCAAACGCUGUCUGGGAAGGGGAAAUCAGCGAAUUUCCUCGCUGAAAUUCGAGGAACUCCAAAGGAGCAGAAGUCAGCCAUAUGGGCACAACAUUAUCUGCAUCUUCCCCACAAUGGAGACAAAUGUACCUGAUUUUUAAUAAGCUUGUAUUAGGAAGUUUCAUGCCUGUUUCUUUCUUUUUUUAAAAAAACCCCACACAUUUUUUUUCCUCUUUGGAAAUUGUAAUAAAUAACUUGCCUUCUUCGUGGUAAAAAUCAAACAACUUUAAUAAUCUGUGACAAAAGCUUCUCUGUAAUUGAAAUGUUGUUGAACUGUGAUGCCAGUUGUAGGGAAUAUACAGCUGUAUCUCUUAGGAUCUCUCUCACCCGGAGAUUGAAGCACAAGCAUUUUUUUACAUGUACCUAACCUGUUUGAAGUGCUGCUAGUCCAUAGUGCAUGUGAUGCUGUAGAGUAACGAACCUCUGUACUGAUUCACGAAGCCACUGUUCCCUUUGUUACAUAACCACGUCUUGGUGCCAGUUUCUCUGCGUUAUGACUUGAGAUUUUUACGACAUUCCUGAUCUGACCAGUGUGAUGCAAGGCUUCUCUCUUUGAUGCUGAGAGGAUCGGGGCCCAUUCUUGUUUACAAGGUUGUAAAUGACACAUGUUCUUGCCAAGAGUUAUUGCUUACGCUUCAUAGGCCCCAGUCGAUGUGGCAGCCUGGUGUCCGUCUCCUGUAUUACUGUACAAACUGUGUCUGUCUAAUGCAUCUGAAUUACCGAAGCCAUAUGGUCCACCUUGAGUGUGUUUCCAUUCCAUCCCGUCGGCUAUUUCUCCCCGUCUGUUGGCUGAUCCUGAUAAUUCACUCUGUGGUUUGUGCAGAUGUCUAUCCAAGGGUUCACUGAAAGUGCUCUCAGCAAAGCUGGGAAUGGUCGGGCCCGUGGCAAACUUUCCUAAAUCUCCGAAUAUCUGCCACUCUCUUCUAUUGACUGCUAUUGAGAAGACUUAUUCCACUCAAUGAAAUCUCCAAGCUAACACUGUGAUUCUCUACAGACCUGACAUAGCAUCAAGGGAACAAAAUAACUGCUUUUUUUUUUUUAAUGUUGUGUUUUAAGUAACAAGGAUAUGACCUUUCUGGGUUUUUGCUGUCAGUGUGUUUGAAGACUUCUCAUGUUGGUUAAUGUUUGCUUGGAAUGUGAGUACAUUCAUCGGUUGUGAAUUUACUGUACAUGGAUUUUGUAUCUGAGACCCACUCAAAUUAUAUGUAUGACCGAUAUACAAUAAACAUAUUUGCUUAA